UUAGUUUGCUUUGGAAUCGCCGGCGAUGCAAUACCUGCUCUCCCAUCACCACAUCCUUCCCCUGUAAAUCAUUAUUCAAUUCUCUCACCUCCCUCCUCGCCCUAAUUUCCGCAUACAAACUCCGAUCACCGCUUGAUUCCACUUUUUCCAUUGACACCCUGCUCCGAUCGCUAGGGUUUCAUCUCAAUCGGAAAAUUGUUCUUUGUUUUUGGGAUUUUCUAAAAGGUUUUUUUUUUUAAUUAUUUGAUUUGAGGGUUAUCGUAGAUAAAACGAUGAGUUUUCAAGAUAUUGAAGCUGGUCGCCCACUCAAUUCGAGACGUGGGGGAUUGAACAAUGGCAUGAGGAAACAGGAUCCGACCCAGGCUGUUGCUUCUGGAAUCUUCCAGAUCAAUACUGCAGUCUCUACGUUUCAGAGGCUAGUAAAUACCCUUGGUACUCCUAAAGACACCCCUGAGCUUCGAGAAAAGCUGCACAAGACUAGACUACAUAUUGGGCAAUUGGUGAAGGAUACUUCAGAUAAACUCAAGCAAGCAAGUGAAACAGAUCAUCGCGCGGAUGUUAGUGCCAGCAAAAAGAUCACAGAUGCUAAACUUGCAAAAGAUUUUCAAGCAGUUCUAAAAGAAUUUCAAAAGGCACAGCGGCUUUCAGCUGAAAGAGAGACAGCUUACACACCUUUUGUUCCUCAAUCUGCUUUCCCUUCAAGUGAUCCAGCCAGUGAAAUGGAUGCAAGCUCAGGUAAAAGUCAAGAACAACGUGCACUUCUUGUGGACUCUAAAAGGCAGGAAGUUUUGCUGUUGGACAAUGAGAUUGCAUUUAAUGAAGCUAUUAUCGAGGAAAGAGAUCAGGGAAUACAAGAAAUCCAGAACCAAAUCGGUGAGGUAAACGAAAUAUUCAAAGAUCUUGCUGUUUUGGUUCACGAGCAAGGAACUAUGAUCGACGAUAUUGGCUCCAACAUCGAGAAUUCUCAUGCUGCGACUGCACAGGCAAAAUCCCACCUUGCAAAAGCAUCAAAGACUCAAAGAUCGAACUCCUCCAUGACUUGCUUGCUUUUGGUGAUUCUGGGAAUUGUGCUUCUUAUUGUGAUUAUAGUUCUUGCAGUUUGAACCCUUCAAAGUUAAGCACAUAUAGGUAAAUCAAAGCUUGAUUCAAGAUGCUGACCAGUUUGAGCAUCUCUGUUCGUUUCUAUAAGACGCGGUGGCUUUUAUUUGAGUGGUCCUGCCUGCGUUGUCUGUUUCUUCGUGGUUGUUUGCAGGGCGAUUUUUUUUACAAUAAAAAUCGAUAUUCUGUGGUGUUUGUUAAUAUUUGAAAAUUUGAUCAUCUUUGCUAGCAGGUAGCUGUAUGACAGCACCUUUGGAAAGAUGGAGGUUAUUUUUAUCGUCCAAAGCGUGGUUUACUUAACAAUUAUGUCAACGUAUGAAUGCACAUUGUGAAUGUUGGAUUUUUAUUCAAUAUCGUGGGC